AUGAAGCCGGUACCGCCGACGCUGUCGCGAGACAAGCUGCAAUAUCUCAUGGCCAAUCAUGCGUUCAAUGUUCCCAACGAUGCCGCCGUCAAGGUGCUCCUCGCGACAUAUAUCGACCAUAUUCACAGCGUCUUCCCCAUAUUCCAUUUACGGAGCUUACUGGAAACGAUUCUGACCACCCCCCAUCAAGGCUGCCGAAGAGAUUUGAGCCUGAUGGUCUUCCAGGCCAUUAUGGCUGCAGCCGUGGUGUUUGUUGGACCUGACGUGGUCAGGCAGCUUGGGUGGCCGACAAGGAACGCUGCUAGAAAGGCCCUGUUUGAGAGAGUCAAGGCGCUGUACGACACAAACUACGAGACGGAUCGGCAGAGCCUUUGCCAGUCACUGAUUCUCAUGAGCAUUGCAAAGGAGGACCCAGAAAAGCCCGAAGACUCCAGAGCGUGGGUUGAUCUCGCGUGGCUACACCUGGAAUGCGCCCAAUCCCAGGCGUGCUUGCGAGACGGACCAGGUCCCAUCCCACCAUCGGCACUCUGGCGUCGCAUCUGGUGGGCCUGCUAUGUUCAGGACCACCGUCUGGCGAUCGCUUGCAAGAAGUCCGUGGUACGAUCGUUCACGACCAACGAUAGCGUCAAACUCAAGCUCGACGAUUUCGACAUCCGGUGCUACCCAUCUCUUGUGACCGAGGCUCUCCCAUCACUAUCUUUGCUGCAACGGACGGAUCUGCAGGAAGAGUACACCAGGCUGUGCUUGGCCAACAACGAAUUGUACGCCUGUCUUGACAGCACUCUUGCCUGCGACCAGAUGUCUCUACACAGCGGCCCCUGGGCUUACCCGGGCACGAAGAGUCCCCGAGACCGGUGGUUCCAGACCCGAUCCAGCGGGACUGUCAACCAAUGUGCCCGACAACUCCACGGUUGGGUGCAGUCCUACGCACCGUACGUGAUGAGCCCACCACAGCACACCGAGACCACGAUCAAUGUUCUGUCGGCGCGCCAAAUUGAGCUACAAAUCAUCUCGGCUUCUGCGCUCAGCCUGCUCAUCUGUUCUCAGCUCAGCCAAUCCGCGCAGCCGGUCGAAUUCGGCGUGCACGAAUCCACCAUCAAGCUCAUCCACGCCGCUACCGAGGUGACGGAGGGUUUCCUCUUCCUCAGACGGCAUCGUCUGUUAUCUUACGUCUCGGCAAGUGUCCUACAAUUGCUGAUGCCGGCCGCUCUUGUCCACCUCAGGCAAUGCUACACCGAAGUGCCCUCCGUUCGAGAGAACAGCGUCUCCCUUCUUCGCCAAUGCAUCAAGGUCUUUGCCAGCCUGGAGGACACCUAUAGCUCAGCAAGGUCUAGCUGUCUUGUGCUAGAACAAGCACUCGAUCGACUGAUGGCGCACAUCAGCAAGACCGUUUCGCAUGGGGACUACACAACUUCCGAGGAUGGAAGGCGCCAACAUUCACCUCCGUGCUUGUCAACGGAUCUUGAGGUAGACUGUGGUUCGGAGAAUCCAUACAAGGGGGCACAACAGCUACGUUCUCCAUCGGCGUCAGCAGUGUUUGAAGCCUUUUUGGACAGCGAAGACGAAGCGAAUGACACCCUCUUCGCCACACCGGGGACGGUCGACUUCGACAGUGGCGUCCAGGAUAGCUCCUACAGUUCUUACGUCAACCUUCGAGAUGUGGAGCAAGACCUAUUGUACCAGCUCACUCUUUUCUCGGGCUAG